GCUUGAGCUUUCUGAAGCAGAUGCAGAACCCAGCAAGGUGCAGAAGAAGAAAAAGGAGAAUGGAAAAGGAGCAACAAGAAAAAAAGGUUUUAACAACUGGCAAGUUCACAUGGACCAUUAACAACUUCUCUAGUAAGUUCUUCAAUCACUACUACUCCCACACCUUCUUCUUCGGCCCCUAUUCCUGGCAGAUAGCUAUUUCAGGUAUCCCCAACAUUUAUUUACGAGUCUUAUUGGUAGAUCGAUUGUAUACUGGGGACAUUGAUGGAUGGAGAUCUCUUAACUUCAAGCUCUCUUUAGUUGAUCAGCUUCAAGGCAAAUCCACAAUAAUAAAUGAGAGUGAGAAUAUCAAUAUUCAUCAGCUCAAAACAGGAGUUGCUGUUGUUUCCUUGAGAGUACUUUCAGGCAUGGUUUCUGACCCCAAAAACGGGUUUCUUGUAAAGGACACGUGCAUUGUUGUUGCUGAGGUUUCUGUCAAUGAUUUAGGACUUGAUCAUGAUCAAAAUCACCCAUGUUUAGUUAUGAAGUCCACAGCUUUAUUUAUGGAUUUCAGGGGAUUAUGCAAAAUAGAGAAAGACUAUGUUCAACUACUAGAGAAUUCAUGUUCGAAGUACCCUUCUCUUAUUGAAAGCCAUAGAAAGAGAAAAAGGAGCCAAAGGUUCAAUCAACUUUCAUUCACAACAUUAGGGAAACUCUUGCAUUUUCUAAAGACCAAGAAAGUGAAGGACAUGAAGAGUGAUGAUGCUUGUAAGGAGUUACAAGAUUUAUGGGAUGAAGCUGAGAUUAGAUUUGAUGAUUUGAGUUGGUUGGAGCCACAUGUUAAAUCUGCUUUGAGCUAUUUUGAGAAUGCAGCCAAGGUGAAAAAGCUUAAGGGUAAUGUGGUUGAUUUAGAAGAAAAAGCUAAGACCCUGAAAGCAGAGGUAAUUGCUAUAGAUGCUGUUCUUGAAACAACAAAGAAAGAAUUGGCAAAGGCUGAAGAAGGUUUUGUAGCAAGAGAUUUGGAUGAUCAAUUAGGAUAUGGAAUAAUUUCCUAAUUUAGAUUAAGAUUAUAUAUAAAUAUAUUUUUGUAUUCUGCUUACUAGCUAGAUCUCUAUCAUUCUGUAAAAUCCAGAACACUAAUAUCUCUAGGACUUUAUAAUAAUUCUAUUAUCUAGUAUUCUACUUUUGUCAAUUAUAGAAUGUUAAGUAGGGUAACUUGUAUGCCGUAUAUAAUCACAAAUU